CCGGUUGAGGGAGACAGAAGAACAGGCGAGUGAGUCCACGAUCCCUGCGGCCAGCACACGCCUGGCGCGACCCGGACCCCGGACUCCACACCCGAUGCACCGCGCCCGCCCGCCCAGGAGUCUCCCUGACGGCUCCCGCCCUGAGUCCCGCGUCUUUGCAGACAGCCAUCUUCCCCCCCGAGGGGGCGGCCAGCUCCGAGAGCGGGCUCGUUCAAACCUCCCCUUCUCUCCCCGUCAGCCCCGGGAUCCCGCUGUCCCACCUCCGCGCGGCCGAGGGUCGCUUUUGUGGGCCCUGGACUGCGGCGGAACCAUUAGGAAGUCAGCAGGCGCGGUGCACGGCCCCGGGGCAGCGAGGAACCCCCCCAGGCGAGGGCGGCCCCGGGACGUAGGGGGCCCGGAGAGCGCGGGGUCGCCGGGCGCUGCCCGGGAGCUGGCAGCACUCGGGGGCCGCAACGCCGGCCGCCUCGCACCGCAACUGCGGGCCGCGGAGCCCGCGCCCCGGGAGCAACCCGGCGGGGCAGAGCACCGGGGAGGGAGCCAGAGCCCGAGGAGGGGUCGGCCCGAUCGCUUACCUGGAUCUCGGCGGGGAGCCGGGAGGGGUGGGUGGCCCGGGGAGGGGGGGAAGGGUCAGGGGAGGGGGCGGGGAGAGGGGGAGCCCUUGUGCGGUGUAGCCUCGGAGCUGCUCCCGCCACCGCCACGGCCGCCGCCUCCUUUUCCGAUUCACUCAAACAAACAAGAUGGCGGCCGUUACGGCGCGGCUCUUCCGGCCGCCCAAAUCCUCGGUUCAAAUCGGCAGGAUGUUUACGGUCAAAAAGAAAUCAGGAUGCAGGGGCAGGCAGAUCGCUAAGUUGGAGAGCAGCCUGGUUUGGAGAGCAAGUCCUAGGAGAGCCAGGAAUAUACAGAGAAACCCUGUCUUGAAAAACAAAACAAAAAACAAAAACAAAAAAAAAAAAAGAAAGAAAGAAAAAAGAGAAACUCACUCUAUGGUAAUUUAAAGGGUUUUUUUCGUUCUUGGCUUUUUUUUUUUUUUUAAGGGAGCAGGCUGCUCUUCUGUUUCUUCUUUCUUGCUUCUUGGAAUACAAGUUCAAUGGUUAACACUCAGGCAAUGGACUUGGACAAUGAAAAUAAGUGUUGAAGUAAGAAUAGAGAAGCUUGGAGUUGGAAAACUAGAUGUCUGCAUGUAAAAAAAACACAAAUAGAUCCAUAUCUAUCACUCUGCAUAAAACUCAAGUUCUAGUGGAUCAAAGACCUCAACAUAAAACUGGAUACAUUAAAUCUGAUAGAAUGUAAAGUCAGGAAUAACCUUGAAUUCAUUGGUACAGGAGACAGCUUCCUGAACAGAACACCAAUGGCUCAGGCUCUAAGAUCAACAAUUGAUAAAUGGGACCCAUGAAACUCAAAGCUUCUGCAAGGCAAAGGGCAACAUCAGUAAGACAAAAUGGCAGCCUACAGAUUGGUUAAGGAUCUUCACCAAACCUACAGCCAACAAAUGCCUAAUAUUCAAAUUUAUAAAGAACUCAAGAGAUAGAUACCAACAGUCUAAAUAGCCCAAUUAAAAAAUGGAGUACAGAACUAAACAGAAUUCUCAACAGAAGUAUCUUAAAUGGCUGUGAAGCAGUUAAAGAAAAUUUCAAUGUCCUUAAUCAUCAGGGAAUUACAAUAUGACCCUAGGAAUCUAUCAGAAUGGCAAAAAUAAAAAACUCAAGUGAUAGCAGAUGCUGGCAAAGAUGUGGUGAGAGGAACACUCCUCCACCGCUGGUGAGAGUGCAAACUUGUACAACCACUUUGAAAAUCAGCUUGUUGGUUUCUCAGAAAACUGGAAGUAGUAAGACCCAACUAUACCACUCCUGGACAUAUACCCAGAAGAUGCUCCACUGUACCACAGGGACACUUGCUCAACUAUGUUCAUAGUAGCUUUAUUUGUAAUACCUAGAAACUAGAAACAACCUAGAUGUCCUUUAACUGAAGACUAUCCAGUUAUUAAAAACAAAGACAUCGCCGGGCGUGGUGGCACACGCCUUUAAUCCCAGCACUUGGGAGGUAGAGGCAGGCAGAUUUCUGAGUUCGAGGCCAGCCUGGUCUACAAAGUGAGUUCCAGGACAGCCAGAGCUAUACAGAGAAACCCUGUCUCGAAAAACCAAACAAAACAAAACAAAACAAAGACAUCAUGAUUCUUUCAGGAAAGUGGAUGGAACUUGAAAAUAUCAUUGUGAACUCUGUAACUCAGAGCCAGAAAGACAUAUAAGGUAUG